CCAGUGGCCUUGGGUCGAUAGGACAGGCCAAAGAUGGGUCGCGUCAUUCGUGGCCAGCGUAAGGGUGCUGGGUCCGUGUUCAGGAGCCACAACACCCACCGCAAGGGCGCGGCCAAGAUCCGCAAGCUCGACGCCGCGGAGCGCAAUGGCUACAUCAAGGGCGUGGUGACCGAGGUCCUGCACGACCCCGGCCGCGGCGCUCCCCUGGCGCGGGUACACUUCCGCCACACCGUGCGGUACGCCACCGACAAGCAGCUGUUCAUCGCGGCGGAGGGCGUGUACAGCGGGCAGUACAUCUACUGCGGCAAGAAGGCCACCCUCAACAUCGGCAACGUCAAGCCGGUGGGCGACAUGCCCGAGGGUACCAUCAUCUGCAACGUGGAGGAGAAGGCGGGCGACCGCGGCAGCCUUGCGCGCUGCUCCGGCGACUAUGCCAUCGUGGUGGCGCACAACCCCGACGCUGGCAUCACCCGCAUCAAGCUGCCCUCGGGCUCCAAGAAGGUGGUGAGCAGCGAGUGCCGCGCGACGGUGGGCCAGGUGUCUGGCGGCGGGCGCACGGAGAAGCCGAUGCUGAAGGCGGGGCGCAGCUACCACAAGUUCCGCGUGAAGCGCAACAGCUGGCCCAAGGUGCGUGGUGUGGCCAUGAACCCUGUGGAGCAUCCCCACGGCGGCGGUAACCACCAGCACAUCGGUCACGCCUCCACGGUGCGCCGCGACGCGCCGCCCGGCCAGAAGGUCGGCCUCAUCGCCGCCCGCAGGACAGGUCGCAUCCGCGGUACCUCCAUGGUCAAGCCGGACAAGGAGUAGGCGGCAGCAGCAGCGUCGGCUCAGGAGGAGUGCCUCGGCGCCCGACGCGGCGCGCCAGCCACGGCGGUGGCUGGCGUGCCGGCCGCGGCGCGGGCGUCGGCGGCAGCGUGCAGCCGCGCGGCUGCGCCUGCCGCCAUUGGAAAGAAGCAUACUGUGCUUCGGAGUCCCGUGCAGGCAGCACGCUGCCAGGGAACAAGCAAUGUAACCACACAGUCGCC